CGGGAGAAAGGGACAGGGGCAGCCAGGAGGGAGCGGCACCCUCCCUGUGUGUGUGGUCUGGGGCCACGGGCCCUUCGGCCAUGUUCAGCAAGGGAGACUUUGAAGAGGACUGGCUCCCGCUGGCCAGAGGAGACUUUGGCCAAGUCUUCCGGGUGAGGCACAAGAGAUGGAGGACCGUCUACGUGGUGAAAUGCUUCCCUGGCCUGCAACCCGGUCCCACCUUUGACAGGCCCACCUUAGACAUUCUUAGUGAGGAGGCAGCCAAGAUGGAGAGAGUCAAAUUCCAGCACAUCGUCUCUGUCUACGGCAUCUGCGACAGUCCAGUGGGGAUGGUGAUGGAGCACAUGGCCAGUGGUUCCUUGGAGAAGACUCUCGCCACCCACCAAAUGACGUGGCAGCUGAAGUCCCGCAUCAUCCACGAGACGAGCUUGGCCAUGAAUUUCUUGCACAGUCUGAAGCCACCUUUGCUUCACCUGGACCUGAAGCCAGGAAAUAUUCUGCUGGAUGCCCACAUGCACGUCAAGGUUUCAGAUUUUGGAUUGUUCAAGUGGAUGGAGGUAUCAAGCGGGAUGCCAUACAUCGAGAGGUCUGCCCUGAGCGGCUCCUUGGGCUACGUUGCCCCUGAGAUACUUCUGCAGAGCACCACCCCACCUGGAACCAAAUGUGAUGUCUACAGCUUUGGAAUUGUCAUGUGGGAGAUCCUAACCCAGAAGAAAGCCUACGCAGAGGCCAGCAUGGUGACCAUUGUCAUGGGCCUGGCUGCAGGGAAGCGUCCCUGCCUGGAUUUCAUCUGUGACAACGAUGGCCCAGGAGAACACCAGCAGAUGGUCGACCUGAUGAAGAGAUGCUGGGACCAGGAGCCCAAGAGGAGGCCGAGCUUCACAGCUAUCUCAAUGGAGAUGGACAUGUUACUAUCGUUACUCCAAAGCCCCGUGGCUGACCUGAAGAAGGAGCACCUCUCCAGAAAGACAUCAAUGAGGCCCGGCUUCUCUGCGGGCAGAGAGAGCGACAAAGACGGAUUUUCCCUCUCUCAGGGAAUGAGCAGCAGCGAUGGCGAAAACGACAAGGACCACUUCUACAGCUCCCUUCAGAACGAAGCCAAAAGCCUGGAAUCCUUUGCCAUGUCCGAGGAAGCCAGCGAGAGCCACGAAAAUGGCCCUGGCUUGCUCCACCGCCUGGCCAUGGAAGGGAACCCGGAGAAGGUGGUGGCCUUCUUGAGGCAGGGAGCGGAUGUGAACCAGAAGAGCCCCUCCGGCUACACCACCCUCAUCUUGGCCGUCCAGAAGCAGUCUUUGGAGAUGGUCUCUCUCCUCCUCAAGCACGGCGCGGAUGCCGGCCUGCCUGACAAUGAUGGCUGGACCCCUCUCCACUUUGUCGCACAGAACGGGGACGACAGGAUCGCCCGCCUGCUGCUCGACCACAAGGCGGACGUGGAUGCCCGAGAACUCGACGGGUGGACGCCCCUUCACUUGGCCUCUCAGAACAACUUUGAAAGCGUCGUCCGGGUCCUCCUCUCACGCCGAGCCGACCCAAACGUCCAGGAGAGUGAAGGGCGGACGGCGUUGCACGUGGCUGCUUAUUAUGGGCAAGUCAAGCUGGUGAAGAUGCUGGCCAACCAAGGAGCAGACGUGGAGAAGAGGCAGAAGAACCACCGGACCCCACUUCACGUGGCCGUGGAGAGAGGGAAAUUCAGGGUGGUUCAGUACCUCCUGAAGAACGGCACCGCGGUGGACUGUCUUGACCAGAAUCUUUGCAGCCCUUUACAUCUGGCCGUAUCGAAAGGGAAAUUCCUCAUCUGCGAAAUGCUGAUACGAUACGGAGCCAGUGUGGACCUUGUGACGGACAAAGGGUGGACGCCAUUGCACCUGGCAUCCUUGAAGGGCCACGUGGAAAUCAUCCGCCUCCUGGUGGACAGCCACGCCCAGGUGAACGCCACGGGCAGCCUGGGUUGGACGCCUCUGCACUUGGCGGUGCGCUACAGCCAAGAGGGCACCGUCUCUGAGCUGCUGAGGUGUGGGGCAGACCCAAACGCUGCUGUGGACUCUGACUGGACUCCUCUGCAUUUGGCAGUGCAGCGGGGCACCUUGCCUGGCAUUGAGAGUCUCCUGGAGUACAAGGCCAAUGUCAACAGCAAGAACAAGGUGGGCUGGACGCCCACACACCUGGCGGUGCUCAAAGGGAACGUGCCCAUCUUAAAGACGUUGCUCCGAGCUGGUGCUCUGCUGGAGGUGGAGGAUAAGGCAGGUUGCACGCCCCUCCAACUUGCCAUCAGGAGUCAAACGCAAGACAUUGUGGACUUGCUGCUAGGGGAGGGAUCCCCGGAAGCCGGCCAGAAAGAGCUCUUUUUCUAAGCUCGGUCUGUAAGACUUCACAUGGACAGUUAUCCCAUGGUUCAUGCCAGUGUUUUUGCAGGGGCUGUGCUAGGAAUGAGACCCUCGCCCCUUUGUUUAUGGAUGUCGCUGAGACGGGAGGAAGGGGGG